AUGUCGAGAUCUUCAGGAGCCAUGGGAGCGAUCAAGCACUUGGUGAUUGUUAAGUUCAAGGAAGGUGUUGUGGUCGAGGAAAUUGUAAAAGGGAUGGAGAAGCUGGUUUCAGAAGUUGAUCUUGUCAAGUCCUUUGAAUGGGGACAGGAUACUGAAGGUCCAGAGAUGCUCACACAAGGCUUUACUCAUUCCUUCUCCAUGGAAUUUGACAAGAAGGAAGACUAUGCUGCAUUUCAGAGCCAUCCUAAUCAUGUUGAAUAUUCUGCAACAUUUUCAGCAGCUAUUGAGAAAAUUGUGGUGCUUUGUUUCCCAUCUGUUCGUGUUAAGCCAUCUGCAUGA